AUGACCGUGUCUCCUAGAUCAGAGUCAGUCACUGACAAUGCGACUGACCAUGUCGAGACACCCCCUGCAAAGAAAGCCAAGUACAGAAAUUCAGGGAUCCCCAAAGAUGACACCAAGGCUAUUCGUGAGAGACAGGAAGCCGCCAUCGCUGAAAUUCAUCCCAACACCAAGAACCAUCCCGUCCUGUAUAGAGGCGUCGUUCAGCAGAUUGAGAGGAACAAUCUUCGAAAGGGUUGGGCAAAUACUCAGCUCUAUAGUACCUUCCAGCAUUGGAGCAGAGUCUCUGCCUUGAGUGCUCGACCUGAGCUGGAGUGGUUACUUGCUGUACUGGCAGUGCAUGCAUCAUUCGAGCCAAUUAAUCUCAAGUUCAUGGACGAGGUUAAAAGGCGCGGCCUUAAGGAAUGGGCAGAGAAACAGCUCAAGAAACAAGAUCCCCUUUCUUCAACCCCCAUUCCAGCUGAGCCAAAGACACCUCAACAAGCUCCUCGAAUCAAGACUGAGCCUGGAAGCAUUUCUCAAAGAUUGCAAGAGACUCCUGGAGGAGCAAGGCCUGGGCAGGGAAACAGUAACGUUUUUCCAUCGAUUGAGACUGGAAUCGGCGGUACCCUGAAACGAACUGCUCCCGUAGACCCAGCUCAGCCUGCGAACAAACGAGCAAACAUGCAUGUGGACCAGGCAUAUGUCACCGCUGAGAUCAACAGACUCGCAGAACUUCACGCCUCGCAGCAACGAACCAUCCUCCGAGACCAAGGAACGCAGACAGACAGCGAAAUUCCUCUCCAGACGAUCCUUGCAUCAAUGCAAGAAGCUAUGGGAGCCAUGAAAGAACAGUCCGAGGGGCUCAAGGAACAAGUUCGACUGCUUCAAGAACACAACAUGUCACUCCUGGAACACGAUCGAGCGCUUGCUGACGUCUCCGGAAGAGUUCGUGGUGUCAAUCAGCUGAGACACGCCAGCAACAUUCACCAUCAGCAGAUCCAACCUCAGGCUGCUGAGAUCGUUCCGCUGCAGCCGAUGAAUCGUCAGCCGCCCACAUACUACUACGAAUCCCCUCGCGAGUCCAGCAACAGUGGGCAGAUCUUUAGAUUUGGAUAG